ACCGCACGCCCCCAUCCCGUUUAUUCGUUUUCUUCGUCUUCUUCUUCCAUGAGAGCCUUUUCCCCCGGAAACCUCUCGUUCUUCCUCGCCUCUGCUCUCCUGGUCGCCAUGAUCUCUUCGCUCGGGGCAAGGGCCUUCUCCACGGCGCGCGCUUUGGCAGGGCGAAACGCCAUGGCCCGCCCCUUCGGCCCGGCCUCUUCCACGGCCCGCUUCCUGGCCGCCGGGGCAGGGGACGAGACCUCGGUCGUCACCGUGUGCACCAACAAGAUCCGGGAGGCCCUCGAGACCACCGAGGUCACMGUGACGGGCGCCUACGACGACCCCAACGGCUCCCACGUCUCCAUCGAGGUGGUAUCCGGCAAGUUCGAGGGGAAGCGGCCCCUCCAGCGGCAGCAAAUGGUCUACAAGGCCAUCUGGGAAGAACUCCAGGGACCCGUCCACGCCGGUACGUACCGUGCGCUGCGAUGUGAUGUGUUGUGUUGUGUUGUGUUGCGUUGUGCUCUAUUUGUGGCACCGUGCUCUGUUGUUCUGCMAUUGUUCGCACGUUUGCAUCGCUACAUUGCUGCUGCUACCGUACAAAAGACUAACACGCAGACCCGAUUUUGUUUUCUGUCCCUUCCAUCCCGGUUUCGACCCCAUUCCGUGGUUUCGUCCACAGUGGACUCGAUGGUUUGCAAAACACCCGACGAAGCAUAAGAAAACAAYGCGAAACGCACGAGGCAAACAAUCGCAUUCGCAUUAGCAAUAGCAUAGCAUAAAAUAGCAUAGAUUCC